CGCAUCAACCCUCCUCUCCGCAGAAUUCGCGAACUCCUGUCUUCUGCCUCCUUUGUUCGACAAACACACGGGCACGAGCUUCGCCAAUCCUGAAACAAUGGCAAUCUUGAAGAGCCCUUCGUCCAUUGACAGUGACAUGAGCUUAGCCGAAGAGAGUGAGAUGGUCAGCCUGAGCGACGAUCUGAUCGCCGACAUUAUCCUUAGGCUGCCCGUCAGGUCCGUGGCGCGGUCCAUGUGCGUGUCCAAGAAUUGGUGCGCCACCAUCUCCGAUGACUACCUCCGCCACAGGCUUCCCCUAUUCAUGUCCCUUGUCUAUUUCCCCGAUGAUCCCGCCCGCGGCAAGGCGCCGCGGUUCGCGUGCGCGGCCGGCGGCGGCAGUCGUCUGCUCGAGGACUGCGGCCUCGGCUUCUUCCCGUUCCUGGAAGGCGCCGUCGUCUGCGACGCCUGCAACGGCCUGCUCCUGUUCCGCUCCCCGGGCACGCCGCGGUUCUACGUCGUCGACCCGGUGACGAGGCGGUGGGUGGCGCUGCCGCGGCCGUCGAGGGACGCGCAGCUGUCCAUGUUGGCGUUCGACCCGUUCAGCUCUCGUAGCUACCACGUGAUCAACUUCACCGGGUGGCGGGAGCGCGGGGCCACGGUCGAGGUGUUCUCGUCGGAGACGUGGGCGUGGACCGCGCGCGACGCCGAGUUCGGCGUCCCCGCGGGCUCCCUCUCCGGCUCGAUGCACUUCCACGACGGCGCCGUGUACGUCCUGGCCUCCGACCCGGACUUCCUCGUGCGCAUGGACGUCGCCGACCCCGAGCUCGCGUGCACCGCUGUCGCGCUCCCCGAGCCAAUGGACGGCGACGGCCGCGUCGCGCACUCCGGUGGCCGCCUGCAUUACGUGUCCAGCUAUGGAGAGCUGCUCAAGGUCUGGGCCCUCGACGACUCAUCAACCCGCCAAUGGCGCCUGAAGCAUACCGUCAAGGUUGACGACGUCGUGGAGGGAGAGUGCAGGGGAAGCGAGAUCAGGUUCCUGGCGCUUCACCCGGAGAAGGAUGCGGUGUACAUGUGGUCGCCGUGGAAGCUCGUGGAGUAUGACUUGACGAUGAAGGAGAUCACCGGAGCUUGGGAGUUCGGCGGCAAGGAUCAGAACAGCGAGAAGAAUCGUAUCGUCAAGACCAGCCUUGUCCCUUCGUCGUUGUACUUAUCGGAUUGCUUGGCUGAUGGUCACGUGCAGUGCUGAAUCAUGGGCAAAAUUUGUUCGAUUCGUUUUAUGUUCUGAUAGCUUGUAAAGAUGGUUGUUUUUUAGUUAGUUGAUGUAUGUGCUUGCCGAUAUGUUGUAUAUUGUUGUGUAGGACUAGCUAGUUGAAAAGAA